AGCUUUUAAUUCCUCUGAAUUUGAUAUCUACUUUAGAUUUUUAAAGGCUGGCACCCAAAGUUACUUCAGGUGAAAUAGAUGGAUUUAGGCCCAUUGCUUGGCCAAAUGUUAAUCACACACACACACACACACACACACACACACACACACACACUUCAGUGGAAACUGCAUGCAGCUGAGCAGCUCACAUUCGGAGCAUCAACACAGAAAGGAACAGGAAGAAAACAACACAAAUAUUUUGAUGGAAGUGUCUUAGGAAAGCCAUUUUAAAUCAUGGACACCUAGGUUCUGAAAAUGGUAUUGCCUGUAUUGGUGUGAGUGAUGGGGUCCCAUGGCACAAAUUCCAUGUGGUCCCAGUGCAAAGGAAAAGAGCUAAGAUCUUCUCCCUUACUAUAAUGUCCAAACAAGAUGGGAUGGGGAAGAAGAAUGAGAGGUUUGUAAGGAGUCUUCAAUAAUUUUGCCAAGGAAAUUCUUAUGGUUCAGGGCCUCAUGCUAUUAGCCUUUCUUGUACAUGGAGAUCCUUUAUGAAAUGCAUUCAGGCCCAUCAAACAAAUCUGUGCUGAGAUACACAUACUGUAUCACCAUUUUUACUGCUGGAACUGCUCUGAAUCUGACUUCAGGAAGAACGCGUUUUAACUGCACAGUGUCCUGGAAUAGACACUCUGCACUGGGAAACAAGGGAACUGAGUUCCCUCCCAUUUUACACUUUCCUGAUGUUCCAAAUGACCAGUACCCUGGAGUUAUGAUUUGUGGUGUUGUCAGGAUUCUAACUGGCCUGUAACUGACCUAAGAAUUCUGCAGAGCAGUUGCUGCUGUGGCUGGCCGGCUGCUCAGGCGAACGUCAGCUCAGUGGCCAACAGCUCAGUCUUCUUGAGGCUCAGGAGCACCUAGCAAAUACCUGCUCUGUUCCUGGCACGCUAGACUCUAGCUGAGGAAGGCAUUUCACGAUGUCUGCCAAUGUCUCCCCUGGUCCCCUCCUCUCCAAACCCCCCCUGAGGGUGAAAGAAGGCUCCCUGGUCGUCCAAUGGCUGAGCUUAGUUUCCGGCCUCCAGAUAUCUGCAUUCCUGGUGGCUAUUUUGGCCUUGCCGAUGUGCAUUGUGUCAGCACUCAGUGUCAACUGGAGAGUGUGGCGUGUGGAAAACAUCAAGGGGAUCGGCUCUGGAAACAUCUGGAUUGGAAUCUGGGAUGUCUGCUUUUGGAAAGACCCUUCUAAUGACGGCAACUCUUUUUGGCAUUGCGAAGAUCUCAAUGAGCAACAUCCAACCCUCCCGAUGGAAAUUUUUAUUGCACAGGAUUUAAUGGCAUUAGCCUCCAUUAUGAAUUCAGUGGCCCUAGGAGUAAUUUCAUUUGCCUUGUACAAUGUGUUCAAGCCCGGAAACCAUCAGGAGUUUCUCUUUCGCUUUUUUAGGUUUGGAGCUCUGCUGAACUUAUCUGCAGGAAUACUUGUCCUGAUUUCUGUGGUAUGGAACAUGUCUGCUGUCUUACAAAAUGGGGAAAUUGACUUCCCUGAAACUUUUGAAUUACCUCAAAUUCCCAGCGAGCAGCAUAUUGGACCUUCUAUUUAUCUAGGCUAUAUCGCUGCAGGUUUCCAGCUGCUGAGUGCAGCAUUGGUUGGGAUUGAGAGAUGUUGCAUCAGGACCACCGCAACAGAUACAUCUCUAAUAGAAACUGUAGUGGUGAUUUCCCCAGGAAGUGCAGUGAAUAGCGAGAGUCUAACUACUUGUUCGAAGUGUGGUUCUUUGCUAGAUCUGGUAAUUCAAGAGAAAUCCUCCAUAGUGGAGAUGGAGGAAAGCUGUGCAAAAGAUCUUGUCAUUCCCGAGGAAUCCUGCGCAGUAGAGAUGGAGGAAAGCCGUACGCCCCAAAGCUCACCUGAAGGACAUCAAAGUCCACCUGAAGUCCCAAAACAUACUAUUAUACAUGUUAUACCCUACAACAGGGAGUCGUAAACUAUCAGAUCCAGAUCAACGCAGAUCGCUCCAUACACGGAUGGAUCUGCGUGGAUCAGGAUAUGAUAGUUUUGUUUUGGGACUUCAGGUGGGCUUUGAUGUCCUUCAGGUUAGGAGGCCCUUUUUUAUGUCUAGUAGUCAUUUAUUUAUUUAUUAAAGAUUUUGUUGAUUUACAAAAGUGUGCAAUGUCUCUCUUUCAUGUUUUUUUCCCAUGUAACAUUUUUAUAAAUAAUUUUCAUUUGU